UUUGAAUGAAAGUAUUUUCGUAAACACACAAAAUAUUUUGUGACGUUGCAAUUGUACAUACACACAAUAUCUGCUUCUUCAUACUGACGUUACUGUGUUCCCUCUCGUGAGGUACGGACCGAGAGAGAACACAGGGUGCGGACCGAUCAUGUUCUUAUGCCCGCACAGGGUGCGGCCGGUCACCUAGUAUAUAUUAAUUAUCAAAACCAUCACACUCACGACAUGCAAGCAAGUCAUUUGAAUUUUUAAAGAUAUUAAAGGUGUGUCUCCCACGUAAAACCAUCACAUUUCGAAACCCAAUAUAUAAACACAUCUCUCGACCAUAAAAAGAAAUUCAAAUCCAAUCAAACUGAGAAACAUAGAGAAAAGGAAAAAUAAUGAAGGCGGCCGUGGUAUCAGUCCUCAUCCUUCUCGUGAUUUUCGUGGCCUGGCCGGUAUCAGCUGACAGGAAAGACUUACCUGGAGCUGGAGGAUACGGAGGCGACGAGGACGAUGACAAUGACACAAAGUCUUGGUUUCCUUUGGACAAUCAGUUAUCACUGAGUUAUUAUGAUAGGAUUUGUCCAGAUUUUGAGAAGAUCGUUGCUACCAAAGUGAGAGAAUGGACAAAGAAGGACUCCUCCCUUGGUCCAGCCCUCCUCCGCCUUCUCUUCCACGAUUGCGGUGUCACGGGAUGUGAUGCAUCCGUUCUUCUAGACCACGAAGGAUCAGAGAGAAGAUCCCCAGCGAGCAAAACCCUAAGAGGCUUCGAGCUAAUCGACGAUAUCAAGUCUGAGAUAGAAAAAGCCUGCCCUGGCUUAGUCUCCUGCGCCGACAUCCUAACCGCAGCUAGCCGGGACGCAACCUUCCAACUCGGUGGUCCUUACUGGCCUAACGCGUAUGGACGUCGUGACUCCACCGACUCUUACGCUAGAGAUGUCGAGAAAGUCCCUUCAGGCCGCCGUGACAUCACUGGCCUUCUCGAGACGUUUCAGUCUUACGGUCUCAAUGUUCUCGACCUUGUUGUCCUUUCCGGAGCCCACACCAUAGGAAAAGCCUACUGUGGCACCAUCCAGUCGAGGCUUUACAACUUCAACGCAACUUAUGGAACUGAUCCGUCGAUUGACUCCAAAUACGCAGAUUUCUUGCGUCGCAAAUGUCGAGUGGCUUCAGAGACCGUUUACCUAGACGCUGAGACUCCGGUGAAAUUCGACAACCAGUAUUACAUUAAUCUUCAAAAGAAUAUGGGAGUCUUGACCACUGAUCAGGAGCUUGUGAAGGACCCUAGGACCGCUCCACUUGUGAAGGCUUUCGCAGAGCAGCCACCUCACAUGUUCAGACAGCAGUUUGCUGUGUCCAUGGCUAAGCUGGUCAAUGUUGGUGUCAUCACUGGCGAAGAGCGUGUUGGAGUGAUCAGGAAGGUUUGCAGCAAAUCUAACUCCAGACCUUACUGACUGAAAAAUGGGAGCUGAGUUUAUAAAUAAAUCUUGAAAUAACUUCUUGUUUGGUUUCAAUUGUAAUUUUGGUACUCGCUGUCUGAAGAUUAAAAUGUGAAUCUUGAUUAAAAUCAAAGAAUUUAUACACUUACCAUUAUA